ACCUGGCACCGCUGUGGGUGUGACUGAGGAAGAUGAUGUAGUUUCCAGAAGAGAUCUCAGCCACAGGGAUGCAACAAGCCUCCUUCCUUCCCUUUCCUAAUUUUAAGAUCCCGUGCGUGGAUGGCUGACUGUGGAUCCUAGAGUCACAAGCAGAAACUCGAGUGCAAGGAAUUUGUGGAAUGAAAGAUCCCUGCCCCAGAUGGAUGCGCAAAACAAAAUGCUGCGAGAAAAAUUAAUGGCUCGUCUCUGGCUUGACCCGGAGAGGACAGAAGCUCCACACAUGGUGACCAACGACAGGAAUAUUGCGUGUGAACUGGUGGAGGGCAGGGAGAAAGACAGCAGUAAACUGUCACCCUCAAUAGAGAAGAAAUACUCUAUUCUCCGCACAGCAGUUUACAGAGGAUAUACAGAGAGGAAACACAAAGCCGCAAAAAAAGAACUCUCAAGAAAGCAUGAAGAGGGAAGGGAGGAUUCUCUUUGUCAGCCUGCUAGAAUGUCAGAGCAUGAGACAACGAMUCUGAAUAGGAGCUUAACACAAGUGGGAUCCUUAAUGUCACAAAAUGAGAAUUUGAAAACAGCACUUUCCACAGCGUCUGCUAGCAAAGGAGCUCAGAACUCUUUUGACACAUCACUACCUUCUACUGCAUAUGAUAAUACUAGGCCUGAAAUUCAAACAGCUGUUUUGAAAGCAAGUUGCAAUAAAAAGAUCUGUGAGCAACCAAAAGUUGGGAGACUAUCUAUUAAAUCUGUGAGGAAAAGAGCUCCCUCUUACGACAGAACAGAACCAAUUGAUGAUGAUGUUAUAAAGCAUAUUUUGAGGCUUCGAGGCAAACUUGGCUGGGAAACAAAGUUACCAUCAUGUGACCAUUUACCCAGAGAGGCUGAAGUGACCAGGCAUGAAAAGUUUGCAUUUAUGAAACCUUCACUGCUAAAAGAUAGUGGAGAAUAUAUAUAUUGUCUUCGAAGAGACAGGAACAACUUGAAAGCUGCCUAUAACCCAUAUGAUUUGCAGGCAGUCUCUGUGAAUACAGCUAGACAAAGCAAAGAAUAUUGGACUGUUACAGCAUCAUUUGUGUCUAAGUUUUCUGCAGAGCAUAAAUCGGGAGAAAUAGAAAUGAUACCAGUACUACAAUGGUUGCGUGAAAGACAGCUGUAUUAUAAAUUACUUAAUUUUAAUUUAUUCACCGGUUUCAGGAUGAAGAAAUAUUUUUUUGUCUGGAAAAUCAAUGCUAAAAGAAGCAAGGCAAAAAAGAAUGAGUUGAUUUGAAUGCGAAAUGGUCCUAUUCAUUGGAUGAAUUUUGUGAAGAAGGUCUGCAAAAUAAGCAAGCACAUAGUCAAAUGGAAACUUUCAAGGACAAGUGAUUGCAGUCAUUGAAAAUACUGUCUUAACAGGAAUUAUUAAAGUUAAUUUGCAACUGUCAGGUUUUUAUCCUAUAUCCUUUAUUUUAAAUCUCUUAUGGUAUAAAAUUAUUUUUGGUUGAUGUGAAUAGAAGCGACUAGUUCGUACCAUUCYGAUUUUCACCUUUACAUACUUUUAAACUGUGUUUUAUACUUUAAAGAUCUCAGCUAACAUAGGAAAUUAUGAAUAUAUACUAAAAGAUGUUUUUUAAAAAAAGGAGAUAUCAUCUAUGCUGAAUAGCCUGAAUAUAGGGAUAUAAAAAAUCUUUACC